UGUGACUUCCUGGAAGAAGCACACAGAUGUGACUGUAAGUAGAUCUGCCACAGGACGAUAUACUAGGAGUAACAGGACCAGGAAGGAGGAGCUUACGAUCUAUACUGGGACAGGUCCACUUUUUGGUGGCCAAAAGAGGAAGACUGACCAUCUGGUGUCAAUGGGUCGAGGGAGUUUUGUUUUUUCUUCUUCGCACGACCACAUUUUCAGGAAGUCUCACACACAGACUGACGUCACAGGACGAGUGAAAACUUGUGCUAGCGAGCAGUGGAAGCAGAAUAUGUGUACGCACGGUUAACACACAUGUGCACGUCCACAUGCGACCAUAAAGCUGCUCGUGUCUUUUGCUGCUGUGAGACGGAACCCCAACUGCACAUAGACGGGGGGCCAUGUCUCGGCGAGACCAGAGGUUUCGGAGAGGGAUGAAAGGACGGUGCUGCGACUGUGGCUGCAUCCUGUCUCAAUGGUACUACGAAAAAGACGGACUGCUCUACUGCAAGAAGCACUACUGGGAACGUUACGGCGAACACUGUCACGGAUGCAGGGAGACGCUUGCCACAGGACUUGUGAUGGUUGCUGGAGAGCAGAAGUACCACCCUGAAUGCUUCACCUGUAUUAGGUGUCAAAUGUUUAUUGGAGAUGGAGACACCUACACACUUGUAGAACGUUCUAAACUUUACUGUGGCCACUGUUUCUAUCAGGGUGUAGCGACGUCACCUUCAUCCCCCAUCAAGAGUCCCCACAUAGUGGCGCUGGUGUCACUUCCCCCACAAACAGGCGGCCACCGCGGUCUGACUGUAGCCACUGAACUCAGCCAAGAGACUGGCCCUCUUUUUACUGUGAAAGCCUUAGACCCAGAAGUCCUCUGCUCAGACCUGCUGUCCUCCGUCCACAUUGGGGACCGCAUCCUGGAGAUUAACGGCAACUCUGUCUGCAACGUUUGCCCCAAUGAGGUAAACCGUGUGAUCCAGGACACGAGCAAACCACUACAGCUGACAAUUGAACACAAUCCACAGUCCAAGAAGUCAACAGAAGCGCAGGAAGACAUCGACUGUGUCCAUGAAGAACUAGCUUUGGCAUACACUCUCCCAAAACUGGAGGAGGAGCCAGGAUCAGGUGUGGAGACAUAUGAACCAAUGAGAAUGAGUCUACCCUCACCUCUUCACCAAGAAACAAUGGGAAUGCGAUCAAGACACAUCCUGCGGAGCUGUAGUAUUGAAAAGUGUUCCUUGUUGCCCAGAGCACUGACGCUCAUAUCCCAAAAGAAGGACAACAUGGUUCGCUCUGAGUCUCUGCGCACUGACACUGGGGAUCGAACCCAUCGCAUCUUCAGACCAUCAGACCUCAUACAUGGAGAGGUGCUUGGCAGGGGGUUCUUUGGACAGGCUGUCAAGGUGACACAUCAAGAGACAGGAGAGGUGAUGGUGAUGAAAGAGUUGAUAAGUUUCGAUGAAGAGACCCAAAAGACCUUCUUGAAAGAGGUGAAGGUGAUGCGCUGUCUGGACCAUCCUAACGUUCUCAAGUUUAUUGGACUCUUUUACAAAGACAAGCGGCUACAUAUUGUCUCUGAGUUCAUCCAGGGGGGAACGCUGAGAGACACCAUCAUCAAGAUGGAUAAGAAUUUCUCGUGGAGCCUAAGAGUGAGUUAUGCCAAGGACAUUGCAGCUGGAAUGGCAUAUCUACACUCCAUGAAUGUCAUCCACCGAGAUUUAAACUCACCCAACUGCCUGGUCAAAGAGAAUCAGUCUGUAGUUGUGGCAGAUUUUGGGCUUGCUCGUUUGGUGAUGGAAGAGAAGAACCGGAGCAGAACAUCGUCUCUGGAAUCAUCUCCAAAGGGGGGGAGAUCUGGGCUCCGUAAACCUGACCGUAAAAAGCGCUACACGGUGGUGGGGAAUCCUUACUGGAUGGCCCCCGAGAUGAUCCACGGACAAAUCUACGAUGAACGAGUGGACGUCUUUUCCUUUGGAAUCAUGAUCUGUGAGAUCAUAGGCAGAGUGAGCGCCGACCCGGACUUCCUUCCACGGAAUAAAGACUUUGGUUUGAAUGUUGCGGCUUUCAUUGAGCAAUACCAACCUGCACAGUGCCCUUUGACUUUCCUGCCACUAGCUGCCCUCUGCUGUGAACUAGAUUCGGAUAAGCGGCCUUCCUUUUCAAAGCUGGAGGAGUGGUUGGAGAACUUACUGAUGCACAUAGACAUCGGACUGCCUCUCCUCUCAGAGUUGGAGCAGCUUUGCAGAACUUUCUGGAGGACCCACAACGAGAACACAGUAUUUGACUGCCCAGGCCAAAACCAUUCUCCACUUCCACAAAGGUCCAAUCUAAUACAAACAUCUCCAGACAAUGCAAACAAUCAAAAUGGGACACUUUACCAUCCUGAAAGCCAAGAACCAACUAGCACACCUCCUGACCAGGUGGACAGUGGCUACACCCACUUCGACAAAGUACAUCAGGGUGAAAAAGCAGAUGCUAGGCAGGUGUGCUGCUUAUCUACAAACAGCUUGUCAGCGUUGGACACUUGUGAAAAUGACGGACAUGACCCCUCAGAACAAAACCAACUAAAACCUCCACAACCCUUAAAGACCAACAGUCCACCCACAGGACCAUCCAGCAGGCCCAGAAGGAUCUGCAAAGUGUUGUGGAACACAACCACAAUGGAUGACUCUUUGCUAUGACUGUUUCAUCUUUAAGGGUCCAAAAAAGGGUGCAAUCUCAGAACUACUGGAAAAGAACUGAACGUCAUAUAUUGUUGAGCACAACCAGCAACUUAUGGCCGGUAUUAAUAAAUUGAAGAUGUUAAGCUAAAA